CCUACAAAAACAGAAAUCCCCCAGUAAAACCCCCCUAAAACCCUUCCUCCCCGAAACUGCGAAACCCUUUCAGAAAUGUCCUCCUCCAUUUCAAUCCGCCACAUCCGCCGCCUCUCCACCACCGCGGCCCAAUCCUCCAUCUCCAUAUCCAAAGCCAAGUCCAAGCUCCGCUCCGAGCACGACCCUGACAAAGCCCUCGAAAUCUACUCAUCCGUCUCCGACCGCUACUCCUCCCCCACCUCAUCUCGCUACACUCAGGACAUCGCCGUCCGCCGCCUCGCCAAGUCCCACCGCUUCGCCGACAUCGAGUCCUUCAUCGAGUCCCACAAAAAUGACCCCAAGAUCAAACAAGAGCCCUACUUGUCCACCCUGAUCCGAUCCUACGGCCGAGCUGGGAUGUUCGACCACGCAUUGAAGACCUAUGAGCAGAUGGACCAGCUCGGUACUCCGCGUUCAUCAAUCUCUUUCAAUUCCUUGCUUACAGCUUGCAAUCUUUCUAAACACUUUGAUAGAGUUCCUCAGUUUUUCAAUGAAAUUCCGAUUAAGUAUAAUGUCUCUCCUGAUAAAGUUUCGUAUGGGAUUCUUAUCAAGUCAUUUUGCGAAGCUGGGAAGCCGGAGGAGGCGAUUGAGACGGUUAGGGUGAUGGAGGAAAAGGGGGUGGAGGUGACUGCGGUGACGUUUACCACUAUUUUCAAUGCUUUGUAUAAAAAGGGGAAUAAGGAGGAGGCUGAGAAGCUGUGGGAUGAGAUGGUGGAGAAGGGUUGUGAGGUUGAUGUUGCGGCGUAUAAUGUGAAGAUUAUGUAUGCUCAUGUCAAUGGGAGCCCUGAAGAUGUGAAGGCUUUGAUUGAUGAGAUGAGUGGUGCAGGGUUGAAGCCUGAUGCUAUUAGCUACACUUACUUGAUGACUUGUUAUUGCAGGUGUGGGAUGAUGGAGGAGGCGGAGAAGGUUUACAAGGGGUUGGAGACAAAUAAGCUUAAUCCUAAUGCAGCGACUUUUAGGACUUUGGUGUUUUAUCUUUGUAAGAAUGAGUGUUUUGAGAGGGCGUACAGGGUUUUCAAGAAGAGUGUGGAGAUGCGUAAGAUUCCGGAUUUCAAUACUUUGAGGUUUUUGGCGGAAGGAUUGAUGAAGAAAAAUAUGAGGAAGGAAGCCAAGGGGUUGAUUCGGACAGUGAAGAAGAAGUUUCCUCCUAAUGUUUUGAAUGCGUGGAAGAAAGUGGAGGAGGGUCUUGGUUUGGUGCCUGAUGAACUCGAUUCUUCAUGUGUCCCUCAUGAUGAUGGUGAAGAAGUUACAUCAUCAUCAACGGGAAUUGAUGGAGAGAAACAAGGGCCUGGAAAUAGAAAGCCGUGGAAGAAGCCGAAGGGUAAGAAGAGGUUUCCUCCUAAUGCCGGGAAUGAUAGGAAGAAAUUGGAUUCUGUUACUUCUUCAGUCCCUGAUAAUAGUGCUAAAGAGGCUACAGGAUGAGUAUGGAUUGAAUUCUAGGCUUUUGGUCUUGAAUUGAAUAUGUUGAUUGCUUCAGCUGCUGCCAACCCUUAGCAAGGAUGCCGAUUGGCAAUGAAGCAAGUUGGAAGCUAUUUGGAAUUUGAAUGAUGUAAAAGCUUCAAUUUUGGGUUUAAUAUGUUAGUUUCCUUCUGUC